UGUUAAUUCAAACGUUUUUCUUUUUGCAAACUCUUCCUAUGUACACGUGUUGUACAUAAAAACACUCGAGUGGCAUUUAAACAAGAAUUAAUGUGAAUAGCAUCGAUGUGAAAACCAUUUAGCGUCAAUUUCACAUUAAUACACCCAUAUGGUGCCUUCAAGAUUUUCCAUAUCUCAGCCUACCCAAAGGAAUUUAGCGUGCAAAAGUGCUGAUUUAAUCGUCUUCCUCGAGAGCCCACCAAUGGCCACGACCAGAGUGAUCCUGAGUUACCCAUGGAACGGCGGCGGGAAGGGCCUGACCAAGACAUCGACUGAGGAGGAACUGGGCAUCAGUGAGAAGGUACUGAAAAUUGCUCGAAAGGAAUUGCGUGAGGAUGCAUGUGCCCGGGAGCAGUGUCUUAUGCAAAUCCGUGAGUGGAUCAAGAAGAAUCCAGAUGUGAAGAAUUUGCGCAUGGACGAUAAAUUCCUGCUGCGUUUUCUGCGUGCAAAGAAAUUCAGCAUCCCCAUGGCGGAGCAGACACUCCUCAAGUAUCUCAACUUCCGACGCACCUUCGCACACAUGACGACGAAAUUGGACUUCCUCUCGCCAGCCGUCAAUGAGCUCAUCUCCGGCGGAUAUAUUUUUGCAUCACCCGUUCGUGACAAGAAUGGACGUCGUGUUGUUAUUGCCUUCGCCAAGAACUUUGACCCAUCGCGACACUGUAGUGCUGACAUGGCCAGGGCACAUUUUAUCACCUACGAAACACUGCUGGAAGAUCCUGAAAAUCAAAUUCUCGGCUUCACACACAUUGGUGACAUGAGUGGAGUAUCGGCAGCUCACAUAACAUGCUGGAAUGUUACGGAAUUCGCACGGAUUAUGAAAUGGGGUGAACAGUCCGUUCCAAUGCGCCACAAAGAGAUCCAUGUUGUCAAUGUUCACACCACCGUCAAGUAUGUUGUAGACUUUGCCAAAUCCCUCGUGUCCAAGAAAAUAAAUGAUCGUCUCAUGAUUCACGUGAAUGUGGAGAAUCUGAUUAAAAAAGUCGACAAGGAGUGCCUCCCACUGGAGAUGGGCGGCUCAAUGCCCAUGGCUGAGAUGAUUGAGUUGUGGAAGGCCGAACUGGCGGCUAAGCGAGAAGUAAUUCUCUCCCUGGAUGAGAUGGAGUUGCUGAGUGAUCGGGGUAUCAUCAGUAGUCGCGAUAAGAAUAACAACAGCAACAGUCUCACACAGAUGGACUCAAUCGCUGGAAGUUUCAGGAAACUCGAAGUCGAUUGAUAAAUCCAUCGUACUCUUGUCUUCUCAGUAAUCCUUCUCUAUAUAUAGACUAUAAGGUUGUUCCUUCGUGGAAAUUAUCUCCAGUGAAAGCUUUUCUCUAUUCUCAUCUAUUUUUUCCAAUUUUUCCUUCUACUUAUAUGUAUAUUUUCUUUUACUCGUUGUAUUCUUCCUUUGUAGGAUUUCUUGUUCUGUAGAAUUUCCUUUCUUUAUUCUUUCACAUUUCUUUACUUCCUUGAUAUUAUUAUUAAGUUUUUGCACAAAAAAAAUUUAACAUUCUCUGCUUAGGAUAAAGUUAUGUGUAUAUUUUGAGACUGUUUUGAAAAUCAUAGGCAAUUUAUGCUCAUAAAAAUAAUAUGGCUUUCGCGCUUGAAUUCUUUCGCUCUUUUUUCCUUAUUUUUUUAGGAGACAUUGGGGCAGGUAAUUUUACCUUUUAAUUUGUGCUCUCAUUUUCACUCUUUCGCCUUCUUUUACUUUGCUCUUCUAUGUAAACUGUAUUUGAAAAAAAAAAAUCUAUCUUUUGUUAAAUUUUUCCGUGUUUGAUUUCUAAUUAAAAUGUAAGAAUCACCACAAUUUAUUAAGAAGCGUUAAAUUACAAGUUAUGACAGAAGUAGGAGUUUUGUUAUUUAAUAUGCGGCGUUUAGUCCUAUAAAAUAUUUCUUUUUUGAUGAUAAGGCUGAAUGUUUAGAUUUUGCUUACCCUGUUUAGAUUUCUGGUGUUGUUUGAAAUAUUGUUACAUUUUGGUGCUGAGAAAAUCAUGUUCGUAGUAAAGUGGAGUAGGUUUCCUUAGUACGUAAUAAAGAUUUACAUUCGUUUUACGGGUAAGAAAUUUGUUCUUCAAGCAAAUCUGUUUUUUUAUUGGAAUCUUUUCAUCUUUAUGAAAAAAAAAUUAAAAUUUGUCUUCAAUUUUCAUUCACUUUUUUUAGCUUUUAUCAAUUUUAUUCAACUAAAAAGAAGUCUAGCGCCAAAAAAUGUAAAAUACUUGCUUCCUUGAUCUCCUAAAAAAUCCUAAACAUGUAAAUUCUUUCUUAACUAAAAAAAUAAUCCAACUUGAUAGAUAUCUAAAAAUAUAGUUUUCAAAAUAGUCCACUAUUUUAGGUCAUAAGCGGUGAAUUAUAUUUUAUUUAUGUGAUCUAGGGGAUUGAACGUUUUGCUUCCAUAGAUCUCCUUCAAGCUCUCAUUUGAGGGAUAUAUUAUUGUAUACUUUACUUGUUAAUAAAAGACAUGUAUUUUUGUUUAUCAUUGCAACACAUAAGGAAAUACAAGAAUGUAAGAUUCUUCGUAUUUCUUUAGUGAUAUAGAUAGAAAUACGUAAGAAAAAAAAAACUUUUCUAUAAACCUCGCUCACUUACAUAUCUCUCUAAAUAGAUAAAUUAGUAGAAAGAUUUUUUUUAAUCUCAAAAAUGUAUCAUCACAAUAUUUUCUAAUGCAAUCUCGCAAUCUAAGAUUUAAAAAAAAUCCUUUUUUCGUUUUUAUAAUUUUCUUUAUUUCGAGUCUUAAACAUUUGUUAAAUCAAACUUAUAAUAGAUGUUUAUUUUUUUUUUAAUUUAAAAUAAAAGAAAAGAGAAUACAAUUUGUAAAAAAAUGACGAAAAAUAUGAGAUGACAUGUUUACAUUGAAUAAAAUGAAUUGAAAAAAAAGUAUAAGAAGGAAUUUCACGA